GACUUCUGAGUUCAAUAAUUCUGUAUCUCUCUCAUGGUUGACUAUUUCGUUUUCCUCAUUCAUGAAUCUAUUAUCCUCUCUAUUGCAAUCAAAGAGCUGUAAUUCCCACUUUCUGCUCUCACGUCUUUCUAUAGCCGAAACUUCCCGGAGACCAAGGUUCAUGGACCUCAUAUAUGGUAUUCUCUUACAAAGUGGGCGGAUUCUAUAACUCGAUCCAGUAUAUGAACUAAACGAUCGAAUACCGAUACAAGGUACACUAUAUUUCUUCCGGAGCCUGGCUCUCUGAUCCUAUAAUUUCUUAAGUAAUACAAGUUGAGAUAUAGAAGAAGAUGUUCAAUCUCUUGCAUCUACUGGAGCUGAAACUAAAUGGAAACUUCUCAAGCUUGUUGCAACAUUCUUCCUUAAAAUUAGUACUUCUGGCCAUUUUCCUCAUCCUCUUAUUUAGAUGGUUUUUCAACUUCAUAAAUUCAGCCACCCCCACAAACAGAUCACCACCUUCUCCACCAAAGCUGCCUGUGAUUGGAAACCUUCAUCAACUAGGCUUGCACGUUCAUUGUUCACUUCAGUCCUUAGCUCAACAACACGGGGCCCUCAUGCUGCUGCACUUCGGUAGCGUGCCAGUCCUUGUGGUCUCGUCGGCUGAGGCUGCCCGUGAGAUCAUGAAGACCCAUGAUGGCACAUUCACUGACAGACCCAAAUUUACCUUCUUUAAGAAGCUUUUCUAUAAUUACAAAGAUAUCCUAUCAGCACCUUAUGGUGAGUAUUGGAGGCAGAUAAAAAGUAUAUGUGUCUUAAACCUUUUGAGCAAUAAAAGGGUUUGCUCUUUUCAUGCGGUGAGGGAAGAGGAAUCAAAAUCCAUGAUCAAUAGCAUACAACAGUUCUGUUCUAUAUCAUCCUCCCCCUCCUCUUCCUCCUUAUCAGUUUUGAAUUUAAGUGAAAUGUUUCUGACACUUACUAAUGAUAUCGUCUGUCGAGUGGCUCUUGGAAGGAAGUACAGUGAUCGAGGGGAAGGUGGAAGGAUGUUUAAAGAGCUUUCUGUAGAGUUUUCAGAGUUAAUGUCACGUCUUAAUAUCGGUGAUUAUAUCCCAUGGCUUGCUUGGUUUAGCCAUGUUAAUGGUUUGGAUGCUAAAUUGGAUAAUCUGGCUAAACGGUUUGAUGACUUUUUAGAAAUGGUUGUUCAAGAGCAUAUGGAUUGUUCAAAGAGUACUUUACAGGGACAUGGCCAUGUUCAUACCAACGACGACGAUCAGAGGGAUUUUGUUGACGUUUUUCUUUGGCUUCAGAAAGAAAAUGCAGAUGUGAUUGGGUAUCCUAUUGAUGCAGUAAGCAUAAAGGCUAUCAUCCUGGAUAUGUUUGCUGCUGGCACUGAUACUAUAUUUACAGCUAUAGAGUGGGUGAUGUCUGAACUUUUAAGACACCCAAGGGUCAUGAAAAAAUUGCAAAAUGAGGUCAGGGGAAUAGCUGGAAACAAGACAGAGAUAACAGAGGAUGACUUGGUGGGCAUGCACUAUUUAAAGGCAGUGAUCAAGGAAACCCUUCGCUUACAUCCUCCCGCUCCAUUACUAGUGCCCAGGGUGUCGACACAAGAUGUGAAAAUAAACGAUUAUGACAUUAUGGCCAACACACAGGUUAUAGUGAAUGCGUGGGCAAUUGGAAGAGAUCCAAAUUCAUACAACAACCCUGAAGAGUUUGAGCCAGAAAGGUUCCUGAAUAGUGCCAUAGAUUAUAAGGGUGAUAAUUUCCAAUAUAUUCCAUUUGGGGCUGGCCGAAGGGGCUGCCCAGGAAUUCAGUUUGCCUUGGCUGUUAAAGAGAUUGCUUUGGCCAAUCUAGUGCACAGGUUUGAUUGGGCAUUGCCGGAAGGUGUAAGAGGGGAGGACUUAGACAUGUCUGAAUCCACUGGUGCGAGCAUACAUAGAAAAUAUCCUCUUAAAGCAGUCGCUAUUCCAUAUUCUUGCUGAUAUAGGGCACUGUUUGGUUGACUGGAAUCAUAAAAGGGGAAAAUGAAUUGAACUCCUUUCCUUGACUACCUUGGAAUGGAAAGGGAUUUAUUAUUUCCAUUUCAAGGUUUGAAACUUUGAAUGAAACAAGGAUUUAUUAUUUCCAUUGGGAAAAACAAAUUUCAGACUCAAUAAUACCCUGUGCAAUAAUACAGAUAUUACUAAUACUCAUCCUUGGUAAUGUAUGUGAGAUCAUAGAAUGUCGCGAAGUAUUGAAAGUAAUGUUGUUACUUGUUAGCUAUCACAAGUAAAUUAAACAAAUUGUACUUAAAAGUGCACAAGGAGACACGUUGCAAUUGUACUUAUAUUUAUUUGGAUUCUGGACUUCAUUUCAUCAUUUGUAUAGAAUAUAGAAAUAGUAUAAUGGUUUAUUUGCCGAA